AUGCCUCGCGGCAGACCCAAAGUGGUUGUUGCGCCAUGCCGGCACUGUGGCCGGCAGUUCAAGAGGCAGGAACAUUUGCUCAGGCAUGAGCGCAGCAGGCGGGAGGAGGACCAGGUGGUGCAGCCAUUCCCCCAUCAUGACACAACCGACCUGGGUGUAGGAGAUCCAGACCUCUUCUGGGAUCCCGAUUUCAUCACGCAUGACAUGCUUCCAGCCAUGCUCUUCGACACCGACAUGUCGCUCGCCGAUCCACCGCUGCGAAGCAACCCCCAACCUUCCCUCACGAGCAGUUUCUCUCGGUUUACGUCUGGCCUGCCAUCGCUGGAUGCCACGGCAGCAAGCACAGCUGACGAGGACCCAAAUCACGACGAUCAGGCUGAGAGCACGGCCUCCCUCCCCGGUCCCGUACCAUGGUCCAUCACCGGUCUUGGCUACGAAAGCUUUUGUCAGCGGGUUCAGGCUUACUCGGAAGUCCUCCCCUCCGGCUGUGCCUUGCCGUCCAGAAACACAUUGGCCCGGAAUCUGGAAGCCUACUUCAGAUGUGUCCAGGAGCAUCUUCCCUUCGUCCACGCUGCCACCUUCUCGGUGGAGCGAAAGGACGUCGAGUUGGUGUUGGCUGCUGCGGCCCUUGGUGCACAGACUCGGUUCGAUUCUCCAAAAUGUUUCGAGUUGUACUAUAUGGCCAAGGCGAUCUUGUUCGAGAACACACGUCGUGAGGACUUGCAGUUGUCGUCUGAUUUGCUGUCCGGAAAGAACCAUUCAAUUCUCGACAGACGAAUCGAUGUCGCCAAGAUACAGACGUUCGCAUUGCUGAUUUCUUUUGCUUCAUGGUCCGACCUGAAGAUCCUCCCAGACGCCUUGUCCAUGGCCGGUCAGUUGGCCACGCUGGCGCGAGUGAACGGAACCUCCGAGCUCGAUCCGGCGCCGUUGCAGCAGCAGCAGGCGGACUGGUCAUCCUGGGUCACGGUCGAAGAAAGGCGAAGAUCCUUGUACGCCGCGUACGUACUGUUCAACCUGCAUACCAUCGCUUUCGACACGCCCCCAUUGAUCUUGAACCAGGAGGUGGGCAUCAUGUUACCCAGCUCCGCCGAAUUGUGGAAAGCGACCAACGCGAUUCAAUGGCACCAGUGCGGCGGCGGGGGUGAACAAGUCGAUCGGCCGUUCAAGGUCGAGCUCCAGUCUCUUUGCGAUGGCGACGCCAACGCGGGUGUAUCUUCAUUCUCCAACUAUCUCCUCAUCCACGGCCUUUUGCAGCAGAUCUACGUCGACCGCCACGGCUCGACGGGAAGCUCGUUGGGGUGCGAGACCCGCAAGGCCUUAGAGACGGCCCUGCGCACUUGGCAGCGAUCCUGGGAGCUUACGCACGAGUCAACGCUCGACCCGCUGUCGCCCAAGGGCCCGCUCGGGUUCACCGCUGCCUCCUUGCUCCGACACGCCUAUAUCUGGUUGAGUUCGGACGGUCCAAUUCCAAAUCGAGGUCUACUCAGGCGAGACCUGCGGUGCCUGGUGGGCAACGAUAGGCAUUAUCCCACUCAGCGGUUGCCACACCUCGAUCGCGCCGUCUUGCACGCCGUGCACGCCCUCGCGGUCCCGGUGCGCCUGGGCAUUGAGCUGAUCACCCGCGCCCGACAGCCAUUUUGGACCAUUGAGCACUCGUUAUGCAGCCUCGAGUGCGCCCUACUACUCCAACGCUGGCUGGAGACGAUGGCGGCCACGGUGCGAUCUUGCGGCAGCAUUGAGAAACUCCGGCAGGCCGAACAGAAACUUCUCCACAUCAUUGCCGAAGUCAUCAAGGAAACAUUUCUAUCCGACACACUGGCGGUCGUCGAGGACGACGACGCCUCGCGCGUUCAACGCAUGGCUACUACCGUGGUUCAGCUCUGGGCCCGCAUCUUCCAGUUUUCCCACGCUCUCGACGUGGACGAUUUCAUUGCCGCCGGGCUCAAGCACCUGAGCGAUAUGUCGUCUACAAGCCCUAUCUAA